GAGCAAAUGUGGGAAAUGACUGCAAUGGUGUGCAUGUUCUUUGUAUUGUGCUAUGUCACCCUGAUAUGCUCAUGCAUGUCUGUCUUGGGCUGGAAAUGUGUACAUGAAUAUUUAACCUGUCUUGUCACGUGGAAAGUUAUCAGGGUCAACACAACUUUAUGCCCCACUCUGAGCUCACCUUACACGGCGUCUGAGGUGAUUCAGAAGAUAGACCAGCUCAACAAUGGCAGAAACAAGGAAGGGAAUGAUCCAGACAGUGACAGGGCUGCUUCAGCCUGACAAGCUUGGUGUGACUCUGACCCAUGAACACCUGUGGAUAGAUUCAGGGGGCUUCUAUGUGGAACCAGACGCUAAAAACAAAGCGAAAACGACCAUGUCUUUCUCACUCCCCAACUACGGGUGGAUAACACAUAAUCCAUACAGUCACAAGCCCAACCUCAACUAUGGCCCUGAUGAGAAAGGUGAUCUCGCUGAGGAGAUGAUGUUCUUCAAGAACAAUGGUGGCAGCAGUAUAGUGGAAAACACAACUAUAGGCCUACAUCCAAAUAUAGAAUUCCUGAAGGAGUUGUCAGAGAGAACAGGGAUCAACAUUGUUGCUGGAGCAGGUUACUAUGUGGCCACAUUUCAGACGGAAUCAACCAAAGCCUUGACCUGCGAGGCGAUGGCAGACUGCAUACGUCAUGACAUCCUAGAGGGUGUGGGGAAGACAGGAAUCAAAUGUGGCGUCAUCGGGGAAGUGGGUUGUGCUUGGCCAUUGGAGGAGUUUGAGAGACGGUCAAUACAAGCCAGUGCUGUUGUCCAAUCAGAACUCGACACUCCAGUCAUCGUCCAUCCUGGCCGUAAUCCAGAUGCACCUUUUGAGAUUCUGAGAAUAUUCCAGGAAGCUGGUGGAAAACUCCACAAUGUAGUGAUGUCACAUCUAGACAGAACAUUUCUGGACAAGGAACGCCUUCUUGAGUUUGCUGCUGAAGGUGUGUACUGCGAGUAUGACCUGUUCGGUAUUGAGACGUCCCACUACCAGCCCUAUCCCCCCCUCGAUAUGCCCAGUGAUGCUCAGAGAAUCCAGAUGAUCAAGACUUUAGUGGAGAAUGGCUAUGAGGACAGAAUCUGUAUUGCCCAGGACAUACACACCAAACACAGGCUGACCAAAUAUGGCGGCCAUGGAUUUUCACAUGCACUGGUCAAUAUCGUUCCCAAAAUGCUCAGCAGGGGAAUAUCUCAAGAAGCUGUGAAUAAAAUCUUGAUAGAUAACCCCAAAAGAUGGCUUACUUACCUGCGAUAGUUAAUCAGAAAAACAGGGUAUUCCUAAAUAUAUUCUGAUUUUUGUAUAUUUCACCGUGCCUUAUCCAAGGUCCUCAGUGAGUUACAGAUGGACCAUCUUGGGAGUGUUGGAAAACAAUUCAGUGUCAAUACAUUUGAAUAAUAAUAAUAUUUAAAGCUGGACUUUUGACAGUCAUUAGUGUUUGCACCUGUAACACAUUUAAGUACUACUAAUAAUAGUCAAAGUUUAACCUGUGACAACUAUUAGUGUUAGGGACUGAUAAUUUGGUAUUUUGGCGGAGGGGUGUUGUGGGAUUUUAUUGAAAAAAAUUAAAAUGUCAGAAGAAGAUCAUUAUACUUCUGACUGUUGAAAAAAGGGAAAUGGUCUGCCUCAAGGGUUAUUUGGUUGCAAAAUCAUUCUUUUUUAAAUUAAUGAAAGCUCAUAGUUCUAUUUUUAAAAAUACCUGUUCUAGCAGCUGUAGCGGAAAAUAUAUCUAGUCUCUAAACAAACACCCAAGCAUCACCCCUGAAUUUCUGAUGGUCAGCAUGUACACGAUAUUAAUACUUAUAAAUAAUAAAAGUUGACAUUGGACAUGUGAUAGUCAUUACUCAAGAUUCAAGUACAAUGUGACAUGAGCCUUUGAUGGGCAUUUUGAAGUUUGAAGAAACUGAAGACAUUAACAAUUUAGGGUUAACAACUAUUGUGCUAGUAAUCACAGUGAGCAAGUUGUUGUCCAUGAAGUUUCAUGUGUUCAUUUAAUGACAGAACAUACUGCUUUCUUAACAACUUAUUGCAUGUAGCAACAUCUGUGUGUGGACAGUUACAGUGUUAUCCAGCUGGAGUGAGUGAGUGAGUUUAGUUUUACACCGCACUCAGCAAUAUUCCAGCUAUAUGACGGCGGUCUGUAAAUAAUUGAGUCUGGACCAGA